AUGCAGUUCUCCGAUGGCAAACAUUCACGACCGUCGUCGUCAUCUUCCUCAACAACGGAUGCUGUCGAUAAUGCAAUGAUAAGUGGCCAUCAUCAUCAAGGAGAAGGCAUGGCGGGCCAGUCCAUGGAUAAUCACAAUGCAGCUGCAAGUUACAUAGCUUUGGAGCCAAAAGGUUCUGCGCCCAGUGCCUGGGAUUAUAAUGAAAUUUUAAAUAUUUUGGGUUUUGGUAAAUUCAAUUGGCUGAUGCUGCUCAACAGCGGUCUACUGACGAUCACCUCAAUGGCAGCCCAGUUGGCCGUGGGUAUUAUUGGCAUUUCAUCGCAAUGUGAAUUUAAUAUGACUCAGAGUGAAAAGGGUGUCAUGAUGGCGGCGUGUGUUACAGGAAUUGUCCUCUCCACAUAUCUUUGCGGUUAUGUCUGCGACAUUUUAGGGCGUCGCACAGUCCUAAUGUGGGCCAUGUUUAUAACAAACGUCCUCCAAUUAAUAUCGAUGUUUGUCUCCAACAUAUGGGUAUUUAAUUUUGUAAAUUUCCUUAUGGGCAUCAGUUUGGGUGGUGUCUCCUCUGGGCUGUAUCCCUACUUGGGUGAAUUUACCAGUAACAAAUAUCGAGCAGUGGCCAUAAAUUAUUCCACAAUGUUUGUAAGCGUAACGGCCAUUUAUGUGCCUGCAAUUUCAUGGUGGGUAUUGUCUGCCGACUGGUCAUGGGAAAUAUCCUCCAGUCUGACAUUUCGCCCAUGGCGUUUAAUUAUAUUGUUAAGUAUGUUGCCGGGAUUUAUUGCUGCUCUAAUGUUGGUGGUAUUUCCGGAAAGUCCUCUGUUUUUAAUGGCUCAGGGUAGGCAUGCUGAGGCGGUAAAGGCAUUGAAUUACGUCUCAAAACUCAAUACUGGAUUGGACUUAGAAAUGGUACUGAAGACUCCAAAUGUUGUACUGAAACCUGAAGAAAUUUCAGAUGCAGCUUUGGUCUCAGGCACUGGGGGUUGUAGUUUUAUAUCGAACAUUUGGAAGGCCACCCUGCCAUUGUUCCACAAACCCCAUGGCAUAAAUGUUAUCCUGGCCGUUUGUGCCAUGUUUGGUAUGUUGUUUUCAUCGAAUGGUAUGCAAAUUUGGUUCCCGGAAAUUGUAAAUAGGUCAGCGGGUGGGGUACAGAAUGUCAGCUCUACAAUAUGUGCGAAGUUGGAAGACUCAUAUGCCAGGGAUCAUAUGGCCGCCAUGGAUGCCACAAAUAUUGGGGAGACG